CAAACAGCGCUGCUGAACGUGUAGUUACAAGUGAGAACAUAAAUACGUUGUUCCUACGACAUAAAAUAGAGAUUCCAUUAAACUUUUGAUAUGUUUAAAACUUUGUGUCAACAGUAUCUAAAAUCUUCGUUUUCUAAAUAUAAUUUAAUCACUAUGAAUCCCUAUUGUAAGGACGUAGCGUUAACGGAGCCAAUCCCUUUCUCGAAAGAUUUUCUUUUUCGUCAAAUGUUCGAUCCCGUGUCCAGUACGUAUACUUAUCUAUUGGCCGACAUCAACGAUAAGACCGCGAUCUUAAUUGACCCGGUCAUCGAAUGGGCAGAACGAGAUAAAACCAUUAUUCAGGAAUUGGGAUUAACGUUAAAAUAUGCUAUAAAUACGCAUAUGCACGCUGAUCAUAUCACCGGAACAGGAAAGCUGAAGAGUUUGUUACCUGGUUGCCAGUCAAUGAUAUCACGUAGCAGCGGCGCUAAGGCUGAUAUACUCUUGAGUCCGGAUGACCAAAUAAGCUUCGGCAAGCAUAAUUUACUGGUGUUGCCUACUCCCGGACACACCGAAGGUUGCGUUACCUACGUAUGCUACGAACAAGGUGUAACAUUCACAGGCGAUGCUUUGUUGAUACGCGGAUGUGGACGAACAGAUUUCCAGGGUGGCUCCCCGGAAGUCUUGUACAAUUCGGUUCAUUCGAAAAUCUUUACGCUGCCAGCAAAUUUCAGACUGUAUCCUGCCCACGAUUAUUCUGGUAGAACGGUAACCACGGUGGCCGAGGAGAAGGCCUUUAAUCCUAGAUUAUCUAAAUCCCUAAAUGAAUUUGUCGACAUAAUGAACAACCUUAAUCUGGCGUACCCAAAAAUGAUCGACAAAGCUGUACCGGCGAACAAAGUUUGCGGUCUAUACGAAGUUGCCAAGGAAUAGAAACCACGAAGAGAUGAACCGGGUGAUAUUUUUACGUUCAUCGAUCGGCUUGUUGUUAAUUCGAUUUGGUCGUUUUGCGUACGAUAAUAGCGCAUAAUAUUAGAAGAGUAUCAAUCGCACGGUAAAAAUAAAAGUAACAGUCUAAAAGCGAAA